UCCACCGCUAUAAAGAAUUGCUCAGCUUCACUCUGGUUUCUGGCAUUGCCUGAGCCUGACAGUAGAAGAGACGCCACGGCCGGCUCUGUCCCCCGCGCGCGCGCGAGCGAGCAGCGAGCGGUGGAUAUGUUGCCGUCCAGGCCGAGAUCUGGGUCCUGGGGAUACGGGACGCGGACUCCUCCGGCGGCCGCGCCGAGGUCUCGCCACGAGCGCAGCAAGUCCGUCGCCACCUUCUCGUCGCCAACGUCUCCCGAGAGUUAUGGCGGCGGAGGCAACGUGGUGGAGGCGGCAGCAGUGGUCGCGCGGCCGGAGAGGGAGGAGAAGCUUACGCGCGCUCUGCAGGAGCCCGAUGGGUUGCGGCAGAGCGACGGCGGUGUUGUGGACAAGGAAGUGGGCGGCGACGCGGCGUGCUCCGACGAUCGGGUGCGGCUCCUGGAGCGGGAGGUGGCGACGGCGAAGGCGACGGAGAUGAAGAUGCUGGAGUCGUUGAUCCAGCAGACGAAGGAGAUGGAGCAGGCGAAGAUCGCGCUCGAGGAGGCCAAGAUCGAGGUCGCCACGCUUCGGCAGCAAGGACGCGCGGCCGCCGAUCAGCCCGCCCAGUGGAGCGUCAUGGACCUCAUGUUCGGCGGCGUCGACGAGGAGAUGAACGGGCUGAGGGCUAAGCUCCGGGCGGCCGUGCAGGCAGAGGAGAAGAGCAGGAAGGCGGCGGACGACCUCACCGCCGCGCUCUCCGCCGUCACCAUGGAGGCGAAGCAGGUGAAGGCAUGGCUCUCCGACGCGCAGGCCGAGCUAGAGGACGCCAACGCCGAGGUCGAUCGGCUCAAGGAAUCUCUGCAUGCCGCCGAGGCGGAGCUGUGGUCGACGACCGAGCAGCUCGACGGCCUCACGUCGGACUGGAAGGAAGCCGCCGCCGCGUGGCGCGCCAGGGAGAAGGCGCUUCUCGGGCGCGUCCGGGCGGCCGAGGACGAGGCCCACGCGGCGCGGCAAGAGAACGUCGAGCUCGCCGAGCUGCACCGGGUGGUCGACGACGAGAACGGCAGCCUGCGCCGCGCGCUGGAGCGAGCCGUCGAAGAGGUCAACGCCGCCAACGAGUCGCUCGAGCUCGCCACCAGCGAGAAUUCCAAACUGCAGGACGCCGUCGCCGAGAAGGAGAGCGCCCUGGAGACACUACGGCAGGAGAACGAAGCCCUCAAGGCCAGCGAGGCCGAGGCGCGCGGGCGCGUCAAGGAGCUCGAUGGCCAGCUCGCGGCAGCACGGAAGGCCGCCGGCGGGAAGGCGCCGGACACCCUGUCGCUCGAGAAAUGGAGAGGCGACAUGCAGGGCAAGCUCAGCGCCGCGUUCUUGGACUCCAACAGGGUGAUGGCGAGCCGGAAGGACCGGAUGUUCGCGUCGCUGAGCAACAUCGCCGAGCUCAAGUCGGCCGCUGCGGCGGCGGCGGCCAUGGACGAUUUCGACUACGAGUUCGACCACUUCGACGGCGGGCAGUACGGCGACCUGGAGCACGCCAUGAAGCAGAAGAAGAGGAGGUCGAUCCUGAGGAAGUUCGGGGAUUUCUUCCGGCGGAGAAGCUUGUACAAGCACAACUUAGCGCCGGCGAUACACUAUUAGAUGCUAGUAAUAGAUUGUACGUAGAUAGAUGUUCUGAUGUCUGCGUGAUGCUUGUAAUGUACGUGCUUGAUUGAAAUGAUUAGCAAAAAAAAACGCCGAAUAAAUGAAGAGAACAUCAUCAUA